AAUUUUACACGUUUAAUAACAUUUGAGAAACGGGACUCAGGUCACCAAGAUGAAAGCCCUCAUCUUUGUAGCUGCUGGAGUAAUGCUUCUGUCGCCCACUUUUUGUCAAAGCGACCUUGUCGAAGACCAGUGUUCUCUGCUUAGAUUUAAAAACCUGUGGCAUAGUCAAGAUUUUAACUCCUAUAAUGAAGUCACGGAUCAAACUUCAUUGUGACAAGAUUCUGAUCUUCUAAGAAUUUCCUCUGAUUCGGCAAGACAGCACUUUUUCAAGAGAUUUUCAAAAUUCCUAUGUUUAUACCUUGUCUUGGGCCACAAGUAGGGAAAACAAGAACAGUACCAGAAAGAAUGAGUGGUCCUCCAUUACAGGCAUGGAAAAUGACGUACACAACUUGGCAAAACCAACCUUACCUAUUAAGACCUUCCGUGGGGCUCCCCCAAAUUCUUUUGAAGAAUUCCCCCUUUCUGCCAUAGAAGGCUGGACAGGAACUACCACAACUGUAAAAAUUAACUGCCCAGAAGAAAGGGUUUCAAAUCUCCACGUGAAUAAUGCUACCAUGGGGUACCUGAGCAGCUCCUUAAGUACCAAACUGAUACCAGCCAUCUACAUCCUGGUGUUUGUAGUAGGUGUGCCAGCCAAUGCGGUGACCCUGUGGAUGCUCCUCUUCAGGACCAGAUCCAUCUGUAUGAACAUCUUCUACACCAACCUGGCCAUGGCAGACUUUCUUUUUUGCAUCACACUGCCCUUUAAGAUAGCUUACCACCUCAAUGGGAACAACUGGGUAUUUGGAGAGGUGAUGUGCCGGGCCACCACAGUCAUCUUCUAUGGCAACAUGUACUGCUCCAUUCUGCUCCUCGCCUGCAUUAGUAUCAGCCGCUACCUAGCCAUUGUCCAUCCUUUCACAUACCGAGGUCUGCCCAAGCGUACCUACACCCUGCUGACAUGCGGACUGGUGUGGGCAACGGUUUUCUUAUACAUGCUGCCAUUCUUCAUCCUGAAGCAGGAAUAUUACCUUGUCCAGCAGGACAUCACCACUUGCCAUGAUGUCCACAACACAUGCGAGUCCUCAUCACCCUUCCAACUCUACUACUUCAUAUCCUUGGCGUUCUUUGGAUUCUUAAUUCCCUUUGUGGUCAUUAUCUACUGCUACACAGCCAUCAUUCGGAAGCUUAAUGCAUAUGAUCACAGAUGGUUGUGGUAUGUUAAGGCGAGUCUCCUCAUUCUUCUGAUUUUUACCAUUUGCUUUGCUCCAAGCAAUAUUAUACUCAUCAUUCACCACGCUAACUACUACUACAACAACACCGAUGGCUUAUAUUUUGUCUAUCUCAUAGCUUUGUGCCUUGGGAGCCUGAAUAGUUGCCUAGAUCCACUCCUUUAUUUUCUUAUGUCAAAAAUCAUAGAUCACUCCACUGUUUAUCUUACAAUGGUGAAAUCACCUUAGAGAACAAGGAACGCCAUCUGUGAAAACACACCUUCUUGGGACGAUACAUGCCUAGUGCAGAGGGUUCUACCCUCUAACUCCAUUCUUGAGCUCCUAAGAAAUACUGCCUCAAAAUAAAACACUACAAAAGCACUUUUUUAUUUUAAUACUUUUUCAGGAUUUUAAGAGUGUCAGUGCAGAAGAAAGAUAUGAUCAUCUUUAGGGCAACUGACACAUUGCCUGAUGGUACUUCAAGACCUUUAAUUCUCCAUCUUCCCUACCUCCAGUAGGUUUCAACCCUACAUGUCCUGGAGGAGGAGGUGGGACAAGGGCGAAGCACAGGGAGAAGCUAAGAUCUCAGUUUUCAGUGUUUGGCGUCAUUUUUGAUUCAUCUUCCUUCUCCAACUCUCACACAGGUGGUGCCUCAUCAGCUCACUCGAAGUGAUUUUUAUCACUAGGGGCCAUUACCUUAGUCCCACAUUAGCCUUCUAACCAUUCUUUUCACUGCCAGCCUAUUCUAUUUCACUGGCCAUUGCCAGAUUAAUCUUCCUCAGAUCAUAUUGAACACAUCACUCAAAAAUCUGAGCUCACACAGUGCCAAUGAUUGUUCACUGUUUUGGAAUAAGUUAUAAAUCUUUAGCCUGACAUUCAGAGAUAAUUUUCCAACUUUACUUCCCAAUAAACCUUGCCUGCAAAGUAGGCACCAGCCAAGCUUCUCAGUUUGCUAUAAUCUUGACUUCUCCUUUUUGCUCUUGCUUCUCUAACUGUAAAGCUGUUUUUAACAUGUUUGCCUUAAUUCUUUCCAUCUCUUAAAGUCUUCAAUGGACCAUUCUUCUGAUUCUCAAGCUAGAAGUUCAUUUUUCUCAUCUCCCUUUCUUGUAUUUUUGACAUUUAUAUACAAAUAUUAAUUUCAUAAAUACUUAUUAAACACCCUGUAUAGUAAAGAAGGGGCUACUCCUCUCCCUUCUUUAGUUUCCUGUAGACCCAAGUCUUCUCAGGGUUUGUGGGGCCCAGAUCCAUGCUCUGUAUAACAUGUUGCUGAGUGAAUGAAUAAAAUCUCAAAGCAGCAAA